CCUUUGCCUACACCAUGGAGCUCUCCCCGACGGCGCUCAAGUACGCGAGUUUAUGUAUACUGUGCGUGCAGAACAGCCUGCUGGCUAUCCUCAUGCGGCUCUCUCGGGUCGGCAACUUCCCACGCUUCAACCCAGCCACCGCAGUGUUCGUCGGCGAGGGGCUUAAGCUGGCCACGUGCUUCGCUGUGCUCUUCUAUGAGUUCAACUUGCUCAAGGAUCCGCAGCGACGGAAGCGCAUGAGUGAGGCCUUCCGCAACAUCACCAACACGAGCGAAUUGCUGCGUGUGAGCGUGCCUGCAAUGCUCUACGUAGUGCAGAACAAUCUACAGUACGUGGCAGUGUCCAACUUGGACGCACCUACUUUUCAAGUCAUGUAUCAGCUCAAGAUCCUCACCACCGCCAUCUUCUCCGUUGUGAUGCUGCGGAAAACUGUGCUGGUCACGCAGUGGGGCGCCAUUGUCACGCUCAUGAUGGGUGUUGCAUUAGUUCAAUUAGGUGACAAUGCAUCGAGUGCGACAGCAAAGGCAGACGCUGCACAGAGCACCACUAAGGGUCUCUUAGCUGUGGUAGCAGCCUGUGUAUGCUCUGGGUUCGCAGGCGUCUACUUUGAGAAGAUUCUUAAAGGUACUGGCUCAACGACCACACUAUGGGAGCGUAACGUUCAGAUGUGCUUCCUCGGAUUGGCGCUGUCUGGUGGUGGUCUGAUGUACAAUGACUUUGAGUCGAUCAUGAGCCAUGGCUUUUUCUACGGCUACCGUCCUGUAGUAUGGGCAGCAAUCGCCAUGAGCGCAUUCGGCGGUCUCCUAACGGCGGUCGUCGUCAAGUACGCCGAUAAUAUUUUGAAGGCCUUCGCGACUUCUAUCGCUGUGGUGCUUUCCGUCAUCAUGUCGGUGUUUGUGUUUGACAAGGUGCCGACGGGUCAGUUCGUGGUCGGGGCCAUUCUCGUUAACGGCUCGGUGUACGCGUACGGCAGGGCUCCUGAGUGGCACAAAAACCAUCUCGAACCUAUAUUACCUCUUGCUGGUGUCCAAGUGUCCAAGAAGACCAAGCACAUCGCUUAG